GAGAGCGAGAGAGGGGAAGGACUGUUUGUGUGCCUGGGUGCUGAGCAGCAGCAGAGCAGCUUAGAUGCGGACCAGAGGUGACCAGGGCUUGGGGUGAAGGUGUGUGCGCGUAUGUGUGUGUGUGUGUUUGUGUGUGUGCGCACGUGCAUGUGUGAGUUUGUGUUGCGCGCCUGGCAGAGAGACUGCAGGAUCGGGAGGAAAAGGGCUCUCAACUUCCCUCUUCCUCUCUGCGCCGCUCUGCCCUGUGUCGCUCCCUGCCUAUUGCUCCUCUUUCCCUUUUUUUACUCCGGGACACAGGCAGCUGCUGCCGCUGGUAGUGGUGCUGCUGCUGCUGGUGCUGGUGGUGGUGAGAUGUGAAGAGGCUUGAAGUAUGGCAUGCAAGGAUGGUUUCUGCCAAGAAGAAGGAGAUGGUGACAGCGAUGCGCCCCGCGUUUACUCGGACCCUCUUCUACUUUUUCUGUUUGCUGACUUGUAUGAAGAAAAUCUCUGCGCAGACAAAAAAGGAUGAAAGGAUCUAUCCGGAGAAUUUCACUCGCAUUUUGGACCGGCUUCUGGACGGCUAUGACAACAGGCUGCGACCUGGAUUCGGAGGUCCUGUGACUGAGGUCAAGACUGACAUUUAUGUGACAAGUUUUGGGCCUGUCUCAGACGUUGAAAUGGAAUACACAAUGGACGUAUUUUUUCGCCAGAUGUGGGUUGACCGGAGGUUGAUGUACGAGGGCCCAAUAGAGAUUCUCAGGCUGAACAACCUGAUGGUAACAAAGGUGUGGACACCGGACACCUUCUUCAGGAACGGCAAGAGGUCCGUCGCUCACAACAUGACGGCGCCCAACAGGCUGUUCCGCAUCAUGAAGAAUGGCACCAUCCUCUACACCAUGAGGCUGACGAUUAGCGCCGAGUGUCCCAUGAAGCUCGUGGACUUCCCCAUGGAUGCACAUGCAUGCCCCCUCAAGUUUGGCAGCUAUGCCUAUCCUAAAACGGAGAUGAUCUAUACUUGGACCAAAGGGCCUGAGCAUUCAGUGGAGGUCCCUCCAGAGUCCUCCAGCCUCGUUCAGUAUGAUCUCAUUGGCCAGACGGUCUCCAGUGAAACGAUUAAAUCUAUCACAGGUGAAUAUGUGGUCAUGACGGUCUACUUCCACUUGAAACGUAAAAUGGGCUACUUCAUGAUUCAGACGUAUAUCCCCUGCAUAAUGACAGUAAUCCUCUCCCAAGUGUCCUUCUGGAUAAAUAAAGAAUCAGUCCCAGCGCGCACAGUUUUCGGCAUCACCACCGUCCUGACCAUGACAACGCUCAGUAUCAGUGCUCGCCAUUCCCUCCCCAAGGUCUCGUACGCUACUGCGAUGGACUGGUUCAUCGCCGUCUGCUUCGCCUUUGUCUUCUCCGCCCUCAUUGAGUUUGCCGCUGUCAACUACUUCACCAAUGCACAGAUUGAGCGCGCCAAAAAGAAGCCGGCCAAAUGUCCCCCGGUGCCCCAAUCCACGCCUGUCAAGGUCAAGGACGCAGAGGAAGUGCUGCAGCAAAAUCCUGAUACGAACGGUAAUCUGAGGAAGCGCAUGAAUUAUAUCUCCCACCAAGAGUCGAGCAGUCAACAGAGAGCCCAGUCCACCACCAACAUUGCAGGAGUAGGGCGAGGAAGGCCGCUGCGACCUUUAGCCGGUGGAGCCAAUGGCAGCUCUUCCACCCUCUCCCGCUCCAGCCCAAAGUCUGAGAGCCUGCUCAGCGUUGCGUCUUCCUCAGCGCAGCUGGUGAAGAGUACGCCUCAGGGUGCAGCUUCUACGCCAGACGUAAUGGCGGGGACGCCGUGCAAGCAGAACGCCAGCACUUCCUCUCUGCAGCAUCUGCUGGGCCCGAAGCUGGAGCGCAUCCAGAUGAUGGGGAACAAACUGGAGCCGAAGCAGACGCCGUGCUCCCAGCCCACCACUGCUGGUAUGGGCGGAACCAGUAAAAUUGACAAGUAUGCACGGAUCCUCUUCCCUGUGUCGUUUGGCGCAUUUAACAUGGUCUACUGGGUGGUUUACUUAUCAAAGGACACGAUGGUGGCUAAAGGUGGCUAGACGUGUCUUUUAACACAUGGGAAGUAAAUAAGGAUUACUGGAGUUUGUGAACAUUAUGUAGAACCACUUGUUUUUGCCAAACAGAUGAACAAAAUGUGCCCAUAAAGCACUUAAGAAUACAUUUAUUUUUUUCUUCCUGAGUCCUGAAACUGCAAGCAUGGGAACAAGCGAGCAAAAUUAGAAAAACCUGACUCAACAUAAGAAGGAACACCUGCACACUGGAGUAUGCUACUGUCCUCUUUCUAUUACAUCGUGCUUCAUUUGACUGAAAAGGUCCUCAUCAGCUUCAACUGAUCUCUUCUGGCCUGCAGUCAAGAUAAAGCAUGGAUUUUAUUCAUUUUCCUAUUUUUGUACCCUGCACCUGGCAAGAUGCGUGGACGUGUGUGCCAUUGUUCUGAACUCAACUGCACCAAUACUGUAAAUAUAUAAAUUUAUUAGGAUAAACAGAUUUAUAUUUAAUGAAUACAGUUUACUUCCUUUUGAAUAAUUAAGACGUGUCGCUUUUGGUGCCAGCAGGUUAGAGGUUGCAAAAUUAAAACGAGGGAUUUAAGAAUGGAAAAUUGUUGAAUGUUGGCCAAAAGGGUUUGAAAGUAAAAUGGAUUUGGCCAGAAUGAAAGUCCUCAAACCAGGCUGAGUGGAGCUUUGGCCAGGACCUGAUCAACCAUGAAAAGCUUCUCUUGUAUAGUAAACACUGCAAAGCAUCUUUCACAUACAAGAAGGAUUAACUAAUCUGAAAUAGUGAAUAUGAAAUUUGUGGAUAAGUCGGGCAGAAAAUAGUAAAGACAAGUUAUGAAUUCAUGUAACAGUAGGCGUUAAGCUUCUUUCCAGCCGUAACAGAUUGCGAAUAGCAGACAAAGAUUGUGUAAGUGAUUAAAAAAAGAGCCAUAGCAUGAACAAACACAGGGAGCAGAACACAAAGCCAUUUGCUCGUAGACCACUGUGGCAAUAAAAUAAUGAGCUGGUUGUUUGUUUCGAGACAUUUCGGCGCGCUCAACAAAAGAAUAUGACUCAACAGCAGCUCCAGGGGAGAAACACAACAUCUAACUGCUGUCAUCCACAUUCUUAAAUGUGUUUCCGUGCACUUUGAUUUUGGGCAUAAAACAUUAUUUAAUUACUCUUCAUGGGAAAGAUCUCUCAUGUGUGUCUAUGGAGCACACUCACUUGCUAUCAAAACUACAGCAGAUACACAACGCGUCGAGCACGUUUUGAAGGUUGAAAUAACUUUUUCUCUCCUGUUUGGUAACCCCAGUGUCAGCUGACGCACGGCUGUUGGUCACUAAGUUGACAGCUAUUAGUAGGUUAUGGAAUUUAUUAGUGUUUGCACUGAUAAUUGCUGAAACAUUGAUGUUACCCUGGUUGAAAGAUAUUAGUGAUUUAGACCACAUUAAGUUAUGGAAGUGGUUGAUAUUUAUCUGUUGUGUCAGAUCAGUUAAUGUUUAAAGAUAAUGACGAGUCAUUUUUCAUAGGGGGUAAUCAGUUUGCACCUAAUUUACUGCAGCUGCAGUUUAUUACCAACCAGAAAACGAUUGUACUGAAAAUCAGAGUGCAUAUCUUUGGAAGUGUAAAGGCCUUUUCACAUAGGUGCGCUUGUGCUGUGGUGUGUGCGAGCCAUAGAGAAGAAUGGGUUUUAGAGCAGUUUUCACAUUGUAUGGGAAGGGUCUUAAUAAAUUCUCCUGUCGUUCUGAAUUAAUGGGAAAAUGUGUAAAGAAUCUUACUUAAGAUUAUUUUCAUGAGAAAUAUUGGCCUCUACUCGGUUUUUAUUUCAGUUCAGGUCUUAAAUGCUUCGAGAUGCUGGCAUCUUCGUGUAGAGCCCCCAUGUACUCAGGCUGAAAUCCAUUUUAGUCGCUUCAUCUCAUAUCCUGAAACCAGAUGUUUUGAAGUGAUUCUGUAAAAACACUGCACUAUCAAAAAGUCAAAGAUGCUUCAAGUCAGCAGAGGCUGUUGGGAUUCAUUAAUUAAUUCAGAAUUAGAUGUGCUGACGAAUAAACACUUUGAAGACAGUGGUCAUAAUAGCGAGGACUAAAGCCCUUUACACACCGGACAUGUAAAAUUCAAGCUAAUAUUUCGUGCCUUAAAAAUAUUUUUCAUUUUUCAUCUAUUUUUAAUGCAGCCAUUCGAAAUUUGGGGCUUUUUUUUAAACCGAGCUAAAUUUUUCAGAUCCAAAUAAACAACAAGCGUGCUCGUAGUUUAAAACAUGCAACGGCUUGAUGAUGUCAUCUUCAAGUUUUUUUAAAAAUUCAUUUUCUGCAGAAAUGCUUUUGGUGUGUAUCUGUGUAACACGACAAGUUUGGAUCAGAAAAAUUCUGUUUUCUGAUCCAAACUUGCUUCUUUGCAACGCGCUCGAGGCGUAAUGGCCUUAACUCAGAACUUGAGCUCAUCUUAAUCUACAGGCUGGCUACUUCAACACUUGCUAAAGUAUUGUUUUUUAAAAUAGAGAUUUUCUGCUUUCAUUUAAAAAAAUCUGUGCAUACAAGAAUUGAUUUGAAAAUAUUGUCCAUCUACAUGAAAAUGCUGAAAACAAUAACAAAUACUGGCCAAUCAGAAUCUUUAAUGGAACAACUUUAUUAGGUGAACAAAGAUGGGCAUAACAGAAAUGUCUUAACUGAAUGUGGAAUGUAGAAAUCUCUGUCUUUCUAAAAACACAGGAGCGUGAGUCCUUUGCAUGUGUUAGCAUCUAAACGUGCAUAAAAAGAUAAAGCAAUAAUAUUUUGUCGCGCAAGCAACACAGCACACAGUCUGAUGUAAGAGCUAAUAAAAGGCAAACACCAAGUUUCAGAAAACUCUGUUUUCAGUGACAUAAAAUGUGGACAAAAGGCCAAAAUGGACAGAAAAGGCUAGUUAUCAAAACAACUGUGUUGGGUUUUUGAGAGAGAGAGAGAAGACAAAUAUGCUCAAAGUGCAUUUUCUUAAAUUUAUUUAGCAAUUGAAGGUUCAAGUUUUUAAAAAAUGGCUGCAGGGUCUCUCUGCUCGCUCAGGAGACCCAAACGAACAAAGAGCCCCACACCCAGACAGUGAAUGCUUUUUAUUAUGUGUGUUAAACAGGACACUAAGGUCAAAGGUCAAAGGUCAAAAGUUCUCCUUGUUUGACUGAGAUCCAAUACUUGUGUUUCUUCUUCUGCAGCUUUCUGUGCACUUCAGCCUUCUGCUAGCAACACUACCGUUACCAUGACAGCCACCUCUUAUCCUCCGGUCAGACGGAGCUAGGGUGCGUUCCAUAAGAGCAGAUUUAUGACCUUGUUGCCUUGUAGGUAUCACAACCUCCAUCCACAUUCUUGUGAAGGGGAUCUUACUAUGUUACACUGUGGACCGUCAAAGACAACACACAAAUAUGUGAUGCUACUUAUGAGAUAUUAGCCGUACAUAUAAACAUAAAUCUCAACAGUAUGUGUAGAAAGGCCCCAAAAGGUAACCAAAUGCCGCUACUUCCUCGCACCUACUCUUUAAAAUACGCCUAAACAAAAGCUAGGAGGUCCGUUAGCCAGGCUAGCUGCUUCCAACUCUGUCUGGUUAUUGUGCUAGGCUAAUCAACUGCAGGCAGCGUCUUCAUAUUUACACUUUAUGUGUCUAUAAUCACUUUCAACUCUUUGGUAAGUGAUGGAAAAAACUUUAUUUCCACAAGUCAGAAAUGUUUAAACUCAGGUAUUAGCUGAUGAUAUAUAUGUGCUAAUUUUUUUCUUUUUAGACAUUUUGAACCCUCAAUAUUAGUAUUAGUGCUGACACAUUUUUGUACUGUUUUUGCACAAGUAAUAAUCAUAUUUGGAGGAAUUAAGGUCUAAGUUGUCAGCUACCAUUAAUCCAAGCAUGCUGAUAAAGAGAAGCUUGGUCAUUUGGAAAGAGGUCAGAGUAGAGCUCCUAAUCUAAAGGAGCCAGCUGAGGUGCUUCAACAUCUGACCAGGAUGCCUCCUGUGCAGCUCCUAGGUGAGGUUUUGUCACAGCAGUGUAAGACCAUGGAGCAGAUUCACAACAGGCUUAAGAGAUUACAUCUCUCGGCUGGAUUUGGAAAGUCUUGGUGACCCUCAGAAGAGAAGGACUAUCAAUCCAAAUAUCAAUAGUAUCGAUACUAUUGAACUGAUACUAGUUCAAUAGGAUCAAUAAUUUGUUUCUAUCCUCUAAGUUCAGUCCACUGAUUUGUGUUAAAUAAAUAUUUUUUUAAUUACCGGUACUUGUAAUUGGAUCAGUACCAAAACUUGCAGUGUUGCACAGCACGACUGGGGGAGUGGGCAGGGAGCCGCAGAUCCAGAUACGUGGAAGAAAGUAUGGAUAGUCCCAAGAAACAGAUAAUAUAAAUGAUAAUUUUAAAAAAAUUACAAAAUAAACCUGAAACUUACUGGAUGGUCUGGAACACACAGCAAGUUAUAUUAUGUGUCAUAAAAUUCCAUCAAAAAGUGUCGAUGUGCAGUUUAGUGACUUGGAUUAUCAAAGAUGAAGCCUAACAGACACUAACUGGCUGCAGGCUUACACCUGCAUAGUCUAUAAAAACGCUGUUCUCUUAACUUUAAAUCUUCUCAGUGUUCAAAUGGUUGAGCUUCGAGAAAAUUCACUAUACACCACUGCACAGCUGUUUUAACCAAAAUCAAGUGGCCCCUCUGGGAGGACAUUCAUGUUUGGCAUAGAAGUGUCUGAUUUCAGUCACUAACAGUCUGACACUUUUUCCCCACAUAGUGAAUUUUCAUUCUAAUGCAUGAAAGCAACUUUCAAACAUGUUAAAGGAACAGAGGAAAUCCAGUGUGCUUCCAGUGUGAUCAGGACCUUGGUGCAGUUUCAGCCUCUGCUGACCUUUAGAGGUGAUGAAUCUGCCGGUAAUUGAAUCCUUGAAUAGACAAAGGACACCAUUAUCUUGAUAACACACAGCACCGCAGCAGAAGAUUGCCCUCCCUGCUGUCGGCUGUUGCUGUUCCCUAACUGGCUGAUAGAGGUGAAGCAGGGGAUGUUUUGUCAUUGAGCGCCUCGUCUGGACAAAACUGACAUUCGGCGAUGACGUUGCUAAAAAGUGCACAGAAGAAGUCUAGAAAAUAUCAGAAAAUUACAGUUAUCGUCCAUAAUUAAGCGCUUUAGCAGAUCCUUUUUGCAAAUAAAUAAUGUGUAGGUUAGCGUCAUUAUAGGAAGGAACAGAGGUGACUCAUCUUGAAGAGUCUAUAAUUAUAAUGUACAAGAUCUCAUUUUAUAUUUCCAUAAAAGAAGCAGAAAAAUCUCACUUGAUAGAUAUAUGUAUGGUUCUUUUUGGCCUAAUUUUCUUCUUGUUGGAGAAACUGGAGGUUAAACAGUUGGCGGAUGAGCUCAGCGUCACUCCUGCAGAUAAAGAUGUCAUAUGUACAGGGUGUGUGUAAGUGUGUGUGAGUGUGUGUGUGUGUGUGUGUGGGGGGGGGUUCGUGAUGUAGUAGGUGCCUAGUUUCUUGCUCUAACAGCCGUAUCAUCCAUGUAGUCAUGGUUGUUGGCCCUCGGUUAGUCUAACAGGAGUUAUGAUGCUGCCACUGCAACGAGAAUCACGCGGGCUGAUGGACAGAUCAAGAUGCCCGGCGCCACUCACCUCUCCUAAAUGCAGUCAAGUGUGAAAUUGAUUUUGCCGUCAUUACCUCCCCGUUGGUCUCUGCUCUCAUGCUCUCCCCUUUCCUCUCUGUUUGCCACAACAGGCUACAAAAUGCAUCUCCUCAUAAUAAAAAAAACCCAAUAAGAACCCCCACAGACCAUCCAUGUACCAACGAGGAGCCAGUCAGCAACAGAUUGAUGGUCAGUGUAAAUAUGCUGUAUCUCUGCGCUUCUAAAUGUGUGCAUGAUUGAUGGAGCAGCCGAUGCCAGGUUUUGGAUUUUCUGUUGUUGUUGGUUUAUCUUUUUUUCCCCAUAAACUGGCAGUGCUAGACAACAGUCGAACAAGCUCGCUUUGCCCCUUUCAGAGUUUACUCGUAGUGUUUGUGAAAAGUGUGAGCACUCCCAAAUGAUCAUCAUCAGGCUUCCUGAAAAACCACACAGUGCAGUUUAACUGGGCAAAAAAGUAUAUUUAUUGUCGCUUCAGAGCACUUUUGAGGUAAAACAUGGCGUCACGCUCCCUCUAGUGGCUCAACUGAACCCACUUUUAUUUCCUACACAAACUCACAGAGGAUGAGGCAGCUCUGUGCUCACUGAGUUAGUAAGUUACAGUAAUGAGCAGAGUGAUGAGACGCUUUUCACGAAUGUGGACACUUUAACUCCUCACAGAAAUCAAAUGAAAGAUUGGCUCUGUCCCCAUACGUUUCCAUUUUUUUUUGACUGUUGCAGAUCAUUUUCAAAAUAAAAGUACUACUUGCUUCCUGAUAUUCUACAGAGAAAAACUAUAAAUGUAUUUAACAAAAAAAUGCAAUAGUUCAAAGGUCAUAUGUGUGGUAUGUAAUAACAUAGACUGUAUGAUGUUAUUAGGUUGACAUUGAUGCACUGUUAUUGUAGCUGGUUUCACUUAUUUUCCUGCACUUUUAAAGAUUUCUCUUAUCUGUAACUUUUUGACUGACCUCUCAGGUAUUGAUUUAAAUUAAACGGAGCCACGUGAUAGGAAUUAAGAUUUGCCGAUAAUAUAACCUUGAAACGUCAAAGGGCUCAGAAUGAAAGGGUUUGAGUCAUUAGUAACUGUGCUGUACUGUAACACCCCCUAAUAAAUAACUGUAGUGAAGUGAAAAGCACAAUAUUUAUUUGAUAAAAAGGUAGCAGAAAGUGGAAACUUGUAAGAACCUUUAAUUCCUCCUCAGAUAUUCCAAUCAUAUGGAACUGAACAUGUCUGCAGCUCACCUUUAAAGCUGUUUAUUGUGAGUCCUCUUUAAUGCACAUGGGAAUUAAAGCGCACGUCAAAAAGCGUCCUUUUUUCAUGUUGAAUCUCUGUCUUAUUUGCAUCAACAUGAAAUAUUAUUGUAUAAAAGUUUUACAGUCUUUUGGGUUCAUUUGAACGAGUUCAUGAAGGACCGUGCACUCACACAUUAAAGUAAGAGACCUGGACGUGUAAUAGGUUGUGUCUAAUUCCUGACAUGAUCCACUAGAGGGAGCAGCGUGCCAUGAUUUUCUUCACUUCAGAACACAGAUGGUACUUUUAGAUGGGCCGAGGUGCAGCCUGGACAAAGAGGGUGAUUUGGUUUUGCUUUAGUGUCUAAUUUCUGUGAUUCUAAUGGGAGAGAUGUACUGAUAGCAUUUCACUGUGCUCAGCAGAAGCCACACUCUGAGAGUGGUUUGAUUCCACCAGCCUAAUCAUUUAUUUCAUUUCAUGAGCCACUCUCUAGAGAUUUGCAUAAUAACAAUGAAGGUCUGCCCUCCAUGUUAUUAUUCUUAUCACUCAUCUGUCGUCGUAGAUGAGAAUCCUUCAAAUCCUGCAGUCAAGGGGAGGCAGCGAUUCAGGGUGGGCAUCUCGGGUUGUUUGAUGUAAAUAGAAUACCUUUGCAACCGGAAAACAACUGACUGACUUGUUAAGUCCUGAAUUUGGGUAUAUAUCUCAGGUUAUUGGGUCAACCCUAAAAUAAUGCCACAAGUACGUCAUAACAUCAGUAUCUCCAUUGGUUGGAUAGAUUUCAACUACAGAUUGUGCACUGAUAGAAAUGUGCGUUGUUUUGUUGGGUGCCGUAUUCAUCACAUGUGAAAUCAGUGAUUUGUAUUCAUCAUAAUCUUUUCUCAUGUUCCUUUGAGCACGCUGCUCAUGCAGCCUGUGUUUCAUUCGUAAUAAGGUCUCACUUAACCCAGUUUCUGGACUACCACAGGCCAAGAUAAUUAACAUGUAGGCCCUUGGUAGUUAAUAGGAUAAUACAUUCUCAUUUGUCUUAUACUUUCUAGCACCCGUGCGAGUCAUUUGGGCGGUUAUUAAUCUUCCCGGUGGAGAAGGACAGCAUGAUUCCAACUGUUUGGUGUGUCACAACACAGAAAAUGAAAAAGCCUAAAAAAUCCACCUCUAAUCUGCUGGUGCUGCACCCACAGGUCUCAGUGAUGUGGAACAAUGAUUUCUAAAUAUUAUUUAUGGUAAUACUCAAUAACAGAAGUACCAAUUACAGCAAUAUUUAGACCGUUAUAUAAGCCACAAACAAAAGCAAUAAUGCAUAGAACAAGGCAUAUAUUCUAUACACUACCUUAACACGGCUUCCUGCUGCACCAAAGGACUCGUAAUUUUCUACAACGCCCUCCCAUUGUGUAAGAAUUUAGCACUUUAAUCAGUCAAGCUCAUAAUUAAGACUAACGGACCCGUAUUGUGUUUAUAUUUGAUCAAAAUUUCAGUCGCACUGGAUGAGAUGAGUGAAACAGGCUUGUGAAACUGUGUGUAUUGUGUAAUAGUGAAGCCACCGUGAGUUUAUCUAAAUGGUAACAACGUACUGCGGUACUGUACAUUACUGUACUCCAACUUGAAGUGUUUGUCAUCCUGUCAGGUUGUUACAGUCAAUAUGCUGAUAAAAUAUUUUUUGAACUAAUGUUUCAUUUACCAGUCCUUAUGCAAUGCACUGUUUUGGACAAACACGAUUAAACAUGUU